AUGAAUGAAAUUCAGUUCAAUAAGAAGAGAGAAGCUUCUUCAGUCACAGACAUCCCAAGUUUCACAUCUAAAAAGCCACAGUUGAACUCUAACAAGUUAAAGCAACUGUUUUUCGUUCAAGUCUCAUGCGCUUUGCAUCCUAAAUUAACAUCGUCUCUCUUCCCUCCAUCAUCCGGAUUUAAAGUUAAUCCGGGAUUUUUCUGUAAAGCCCCAACAGCAAGACAUAUGGAGCAUCACAUUGUGAUUUAUUCACAGAUCUUCAUUUCUUACUUCACUGAAAAAACUUUUCAAUGCUUACAGUUGUCAAAUAAAUCUUGCCAACUUUUCCUUCUCAACAAACACGAGUUAGACACCGAAUCAGAUAUUUUUUAUUCAUCUAAAUCUCUUUUAAAACUUACAUUUUGUGAUUUUAAUUUAAAAGAAGACGAAAGCUUAUAA